UGGGCGGGGCGGGAGCGCGGGCGGGAGCGGCUCCCGCUGCUCCGCCGCGGCCCCUGGAGACGCGAUGGGGAAGAAGCAGGUGGUGAGCGAGGCUCAGCAUCCUCCACGAGCCCUGCCACCUGUGCCAAGUGUGAUUCAAGAUGAUGUACCGCCUAGCCAUCCUAAGAAGAAGAAACCCAGAACGAAAAGCACAUUAGCUCCUGCUUCUUCGGAAGGCCUUGCUGAGCCCGUGGCUCAUAGGCGAUCAGAGAGCAGUGAACCAACAGCUGCGGAGCUCAAGGGACACCCAGAGGCUCCUGUUCCGCGGAGACAGAAGAAGAUCAGGCCGCCUCCUGAGCUGGAGACUUCCUUCAGUGAGAAGCCGUCCAGUCCACCUUUACUGCGGAAUGAAAAUGGCAUUGAGGCGGAGUCGCCUGCGGAGGCCGUUCUCCCGAAACCGCGGAGGAAGGCAAAGAAAACCCAGCCAGCAGAACUGCAGUAUGCUAAUGAGCUAGGAGUGGAAGACAAAGACAUAAUUACGGAUGAGCAGCGUAUGCCAGAGCAGCACUCUUGGUUGACGGCACCCACGGGCGUCAGCCAGCCUGUCGGCAAAGUAUUUGUGGAAAAAAGCCGGAGGUUUCACGCGGCAGAUCGUUCGGAGCUGAUCAAGACCACAGAAAACAUAGACGUGUCGAUGGACGUGAAGCCAUCCGGGACCACUCGGGAUGUGGCGCUCUCGGUGCACCGAGCUUUCAGGAUGAUUGGUCUGUUUUCUCACGGCUUCCUGGCUGGCUGUGCCGUGUGGAACGUUGUGGUGAUCUAUGUUCUCGCCGGGGACCAGCUGUCUGGCCUCUCCAACCUCCUGCAGCAGUACAAGCCCCUGGCUUACCCGUUCCAGAGCCUCCUCUACCUGCUCCUGGCUCUGAGCACUGUGUCAGCGUUUGACAGGACCGACUUUGCGAAAACCUCAGUAGCCAUCCGGAACUUUCUGGCCCUGGAGCCGACAGCUUUAGCUUCUUUCUUGUACUUUGCUGCUCUGACACUGUCUCUGAGUCAGCAGAUGACCAGCGACAGGAUCCACCUGUACACGCCGCCUGUUAAUGGGAGCCUCGGGGCAGCAGAAACCGAGGAGCAGAUUCUUGUGCCGUGGAUCAUCGUGAACCUGGUGGUGGCCCUCCUGGUUGGGUUAUCCUGGCUCUUUUUGUCCCGCAGACCAGCCGUGGAUCUUAGUGAAGAGCUGAUGUUCUUCUCUGACGUGGAAGAGAACCCUGAUAGGGGAAUCCAGGCGUCUUCAUAGUGCCAACACCGCCUCUGCAGCACAGACCGCUCUUCCUCGUUCUUGUUUUUAUAAGUGUGUGUGUGUGCGUGGUGUGCAUGUGCGUGUGUGUGUGCG